AUGUCCCACCAGACUAGCAUCCAAGCAAGUGAAGAUGUCAUAGAUAUCUUUGCCAGAGCCAGAAAUGGAAAAUACAGACUUCUGAAAAAGCAACUUGUGGGUGGAUCAUGUAGUCAGCCUUCAGGUUCCUGGGAUAAGGAUUAUGAUUCCUUCAUUUUGCCCCUGUUGGAGGACAAGCAGCCAUGCUAUAUAUUAUUCAAGUUAGAUUCUCAGAAUGCCCAAGGAUAUGGAUGGAUAUUCAUUGCAUGGUGUCCAGAUCCUUCUCAUGUUCGUCAAAAAAUGUUGUAUGCAGCUACAACAGCAACUCUAAAAAAGGAGUUUGGUGGUGGCCACAUUAAAGAUGACGUAUUUGGUACAGUAAAGGAAGAUGUCUCCUUACAUGGGUAUAAGAAAUGUUUGCUGUCACAGUCUUCCCCUGCCCCACUGACUGCAGCAGAGGAAGAAUUACGGUAGAUUAAAAUUAAUGAGAUACAGACUGAUGCGGGUGUGGACACUAAGCAUCAAACGCUACAAGGAGUAGCAUUUCCUAUAUCUCAAGAAGCUUUGCAGUCUUUGGAAAAACUGCCUAACAGACAGCUGAACUAUGUGCAGUUGGAAAUAGAUAUAAAGACUGAAAUUAUAAUUUUGGCCAACACAACAAAUACAGAACUGAAAGAUUUGCCAAAGAGGAUUCCAAAAGACUCUGCACGUUAUCAUUUCUUUCUGUAUAAACAUUCCCAUGAAGGAGACUACUUAGAGUCCAUAGUUUUUCUUUAUUCAAUGACUGGAUGCACAUGCAGUAUAAGAAAACGGAUGCUGUACUCUAGCUGCAAGAGUCCUGUGUUAGAAAUUGAGGAAGGACAACUACAGAUGGAUAUAUUCAGAAAGAUAGAGAUAGACAAAGGGGAUGAGCUGACCGCCGAUUUCCUUUAUGAGGAAGUACAUCCUAAGCAGCAUGCACAUAAGCAAAGUUUUGCAAAACCAAAAGGUCCUGCAGGAAAAAGAGGGAUACAAAGACUUAUCAGGGGUUCAGUUGAAACAGAAGAGACUACUGAUUAA